AUCCGGUUGUGGUAGACAUACUUUUUAGCAGUGAAUUACUGUCCACAAAAUGGAUUAAUUCACCAACUAUUUUUCUAAUCAGUGACUUAGCUUAAUUUAUUGAUUAACAUUUGUGAUUCAACCUUGUCAAAUUAGAAGAUUGGAUCUUCUUGUUGGUGAUAUUUGCUAGUUUGGUUCCAAAUUUCUAUUGGAAUGGGUCAGAACCAAUCUCUCUUCAACAAUCGAGGUGCUGGAUCUGGUCAAGGAGGGGAUUCAGGAGAAGGUAAAGAUGGGAAAAAGACUAAAAAAGAGCGAAACCGACCUUUACCUACCCCAGCCAGAGGCCGUGGGCGAAGGAAAGGCAAGGGUCCUGAUGCUGCCUCUAAAUUACCUAUGGUAACACCUCAUACUAGAUGCCGUCUUAAACUGCUCAAAUUGGAAAGGAUCCAUGAUUGGCUUUUAAUGGAAGAAGAGUUUCUCAAAAAUUCAAAAGUACAAACUAAAAUUGACAAUGAAGAUGAGAACGAUGAAAGAAAUAAAGUCGAUGAUUGUCGGGGUACCCCCAUGUCAGUUGGUAAUCUUGAAGAAAUCAUCGACGACAAUCAUGCAAUAGUAUCAACUUCUGUGGGAAGUGAACAUUAUGUGUCUAUAUUAUCCUUUGUGGACAAGGAACAACUUGAGCCCAAUUGCUCAGUUUUGUUGAAUCAUAAAGUCCAUGCUGUUGUAGGAGUCCUCAGUGAUGAUACAGAUCCAAUGGUCAAUGUAAUGAAGUUAGAAAAAGCUCCUCAAGAAACUUAUGCUGAUAUUGGAGGUCUCGAUCAGCAAAUUCAAGAAAUUAAAGAAUCAGUAGAGCUUCCUUUGACUCAUCCAGAAUACUAUGAGGAAAUGGGUAUUAAACCACCUAAAGGUGUCAUUCUUUAUGGCCCACCUGGUACCGGUAAAACACUUUUAGCUAAAGCUGUGGCUAAUCAAACAUCAGCAACCUUCUUGAGAGUAGUUGGGUCCGAGUUGAUUCAAAAAUAUCUCGGAGAUGGACCAAAAUUGGUUAGAGAAUUAUUUAGAGUAGCUGAAGAACACGCACCGUCCAUCGUUUUUAUUGAUGAAAUCGAUGCUAUUGGUACUAAACGAUAUGAUUCAAAUUCUGGAGGAGAAAGGGAAAUCCAAAGAACCAUGUUGGAGUUACUUAACCAAUUGGAUGGUUUUGAUUCUCGUGGUGAUGUCAAAGUUGUGAUGGCAACUAAUAGAAUCGAAACACUUGAUCCUGCCCUUAUUCGGCCUGGUCGUAUCGAUCGUAAAAUUGAAUUCCCCCUUCCAGAUGAAAAGACCAAAAGAAGGAUAUUUACCAUUCAUACCUCAAGGAUGACCUUAGCAGAAGACGUCAAUUUUGAUGAAAUCGUUUUGUCAAAGGACGAUUUGAGUGGAGCUGAUAUUAAAGCCAUUUGUACCGAAGCCGGUCUUAUGGCACUACGAGAGAGAAGGAUGAAAGUAACGAAUGAAGAUUUCAAAAAAUCAAAGGAAAAUGUUUUGUACAGGAAGAAAGAGGGAUCUCCAGAAUCAUUGUAUCUCUAGAUUAAUAAUUUUUUUUCUCGUAUAUUGCUAACAAUAAACAAAAAUAAUUUUACAUUGAAAA